ACCUUAUCCUGAAAUCGGAAUCGCUACCCAAGAGUACCAAUGGACCAUUCAGUUUCCAACUAUGAAGCUCUCCUUCUUCUCCUCCUUCUACCGCUGCUACUUCUCCUAUCAAUCAAACACGUUAACUCAAAGAAGAAGGCAGAGCUCCCUCUGCCUCCAGGCCCAAAGCCAUGGCCGAUUCUCGGAAACAUUCCACACAUGACCAGAAAGGUACACAUCACCAUGUCCCAAUUCGCCAAAUCGUACGGCCCCUUAAUCUCAGUCAAGCUCGGCGCUCAGCUAAUCGUCGUCGCCUCUUCUCCGGCCGCAGCAGCCGAAAUCCUCAAAACCCAUGACCGAGUCCUCUCGGCAAGGUACGAAAGCAAAUCCAGUCCGUUCAAAAUCAGCGAUGUCAACCGAAUGGCAAUCGUGUGGGCCACCACGUGUAACGACAGCUGGAAGUCACUUCGUGCGCUCUGCAGGACGGAGCUUUUCUCCGGCAGAGCAAUCGAGUCACAGGCCGCCGUCAGGGAGAGGAAAGUCUGUGAAAUGGUGGAAUUCCUUGCUGCCAGAGAAGGGAAAGUUGUUGAUAUUGGUGAAAUCGUGUUCACUACAGUUUUCAAUUCUCUGUGUAACCUUUUCUUCUCGGAUGACUUGUUGGUGUUGGAAGAUCGUAAGGGGAAGGCUAGUGGGUUAAAGAGUCAUAUCUGGAAAAUGAUGGAGCUUGGAGCCACUCCCAGUAUUGCUGAUUUUUAUCCUGUAUUGGCGCCGCUAGACCCUCAGGGUUUGAAGAAGAAGAUGGCCAAGGUCGUUAGCCAAAUGUUUUCAGUUUGGGAUAGUUACAUUAAGGAAAGAAGGGAAAUCCAUGAAUCGAAAUUUCAUGUGGACGCUCCGAAAGGCGAUUUCCUGGACGUUUUUCUUUCCAAUGGGUUUGACGAUCAGAAAAUCAAUUGGCUGUUCUUUGAAUUGUUGACGGCGGGAACAGAGACUACUACUACGACAGUAGAAUGGGCAAUGACAGAGCUUCUAAAAAGCGAGGAAUCCAUGACGAAAGUUCGCGAAGAGUUGAGGAGAGAAAUUGGGGGAAACCCCAUUAACGAGGCUAAUGUCUUUCAGCUGACAUUUCUGAACGCCUGCAUAAAGGAGACAUUUAGGUUACACCCACCUGUACCAUUUCUAAUUCCACACUGCGCGUUGGAGACUUGCGAAGUAUUGAAUUACAGAAUCCCCAAGAAUGCCCAGGUGUUAGUUAACAUAUGGGCAAUUGGUCGAGAUCCAUCCGUAUGGGAGGACCCUUUGUCGUUUAGACCAGAGAGGUUCGUUAACAGCGGGUCAGCUGUUGUGGACUUCAAAGGUCAUGACUUUGAGCUUCUCCCGUUCGGGUCAGGUCGGAGGGUGUGCCCGGGACUUCCCAUGGCAGCUAAACAAUUGCCGUUAAUUCUUGCCUCGCUGAUUAAAGGGUUUGAUUGGGCUCUCCCCGGGGGCGAGGAUCCGGCCAAAUUGGAUAUGGACGAGAAGUUUGGACUUACACUGCAGAAGGAUCAACCUCUGUUACUUGUGGCCAGAAAACAGAGCAUGUGACAGGUAAAAAAAAAAAGUUUCUCAAUUGGAGCGGGCAAAAAUUGGCGCAUGGGCCAAUUGUGAUUUUUAUGUGGUUGAAAGUGGCCCACUCAUCAUCAAUUUGAACCCAUGCAAACGACUUAAGCUCUCGAGUGUUGAUAGGGAAAGGCUACGACAACUGUUUUGUGGUCUCUCACUUGGAGUUUUGCUCAUAUCUCCAUCGUCCUUAAUAACAUGAAUACAUGACAACAUCAAUCACUAUCCCCGGAGCCCAAUAAGCCAGCGGAGAUGAAGGCGGGGCUACCCUUGUAUCCAGAAAUUAUGGCCAACAAUUCGUGGACGAGUGGAUUUUGGCUAAAUCCACUAUUUGGAAAACACUUAAAGGAUUUAAUCUACUCGCUACCGCUUUGCGUAUUCACAAGAAAAUAUAUUUGAAAAAAUAAUAGUUUUAAUAUUUA